UGGGCCUCGCCUCUGUUCCAAAAACGAUCACGUUUCUCCGUAUCUGCCAAAAGAGUACUCUCCGACUUCGGUUUUCAGACAGCAUCACACCUGGAGAAGUGAUGGAGUUCAAUGAGGAGCAGAAUGGGGCUUCAGGAACUAUUCCUGAAUUUGGUGCAAUCUUUAUGUCAAAUGCUGCUACGAAAAGAGAAUGUUUUAAACGUAAACUGUUCGGCCUUCCACCUCGCAUGACCCACUUUGUAAAACACGUUAAAACUGGGAUGAUGUUGUUUAUGUUUGAAUUUGAGAAUAGAGAACUAUAUGGUGUGUUCCAAGCAUGCUGUGAUGGUGCAAUGAACAUUAUUCCCAAUGCAUUCAGCUCAUUUGGAAAUUUUCCUGCCCAAGUAAAAUUUGUUCCAAUUUGGCUAUGUAGUCCGCUUCCUGAAGAUGAAUUUUAUGAUGCUAUCAAAGAAAACUACUUUUCAUCAAAGAAGUUCAAUUUUGGGCUGGACGAAGAUCAGGUCCAUAGGCUUUUGUCAUUGUUCAGUUUGAGAAAGUUCAAAGACAUGACACUGCACAGACAAUUUUCCAGAAGUCAAUUUACAAGACCAACUGGUUAUUCUAGAAGUAAAGUCAGAAAAAGGGUUGAUGGUGGCCGGUUAUUUUUGACUGAUGCCACAGAAGACGAGCAUAAUUUGGACCACAGUUGCAGGGCAGUCAACUCAAUGGAUUACCCGAGAGAUUCUUUUAGAGGUGAUGGAAGAUUUGCAAGAAGUGCUUUGUCAGAAGAUGAAAGCAAGAUGAAUGAUGAGUUUGGAUUGGCAAUAAAAAAUGACUACUCAGGAAAAUUUGGAAGAGUACCUGAUAAUGACAGGUUUGCAUCAACUGAUGAAAUAGGAAAUAAAUGUAAUGUUGACACUGAGUGUGGGCCUUUCAUUUCAACCAAGUAUGCUGGAUAUCCUUUACAUGAAAUCGGAACUGGAAGAGUUGCUGAUGAUUUUAUAUUUGGAAUGAGUGACAGAGAAUGUGACAGGGAAAAUGAUAUUGAGCCACCUGUGUCAAUUGAGUUAUCUGGUGUUUUACCGCCUAGCCUCAAUAAAUCUGUCCUUUACGGCUUGCCCACCUUAGGUACAGAUUCUCUAGUUGAUGAUCACCUUAGACCAUCUCCAACUGUCCAUUUUCCAAUGAAGCCACAAAUCACAAGCCUCUCCUCUUCAAAAGUAUAUGGGGAUGCAGUGUCACCUAUCUCUAACUUUUCUUCUUCGACUUCUUUUGGUACUAGUGCUAUUCCUUAUGAGCCCGACGCACCUAGUUUUAGCUACGAAAUGUCAUCACCUCAUUUGGUUGAUCAUAGUUCUAAUUCACCACAGAAACAUGCUCGUCAGAAACGUUAUGUCAGGAAAAUAUCUCCUACCUUGGAUAGCCAAUCGCUUCCGCUGCACAGAGAGCAUAAAGUUACAAGCAACUGGUUGGACUGCAAAUCUGAUGUGGAUAAUAAUGCUUCAUUUCCUUACCUCAACUCUUAUGAGAACUCCUACAGGACCAGUGUGCAUUUCAUGGAGCCUGCAUAUUCUGAAAACAGGCCGAAAAGAUAUGAUGAGAAUGAAGAUUCUACUGGUUUCGUACGGCAUUCUUCUUUAUCUUUUCCACCUUUUCCAGAAAAGGGAAAUGGUUCGAGGACGGAUGAGGAACCUUCUAAGUUCUUUAAUCCCAUCGAGCCAUCUGCUAGGUUUGAGUAUAGCUAUCCUGUUGGAUCAAAACAGGAACAUGUUCGUAAAAUUCCAUGGUGUGAAGAUGAUGAUUCGUUUGUUGUUAAUGUGCCUACUUCAAAAGAGGUUCACUGCCUGCAGCAAGAUUGUUCUGUAAAUGGUAGAGAUAUAGGUUAUGCUGACUUUUCUUCAAUCCAUGAUGACUUCCAUCAAAAUUCUGAUGGCAAGUAUUUUGGCUCCAACAAUAAAAGAAACAGUGUGUUUUCGCGCUUAGCUUUAGCUCCUGGAAAAAUCAAGCCAGAAAAUCGUUUGCACAUUGGAAAUAAUGAAAGUGGUGUAGGUAGAUCAGUUGAUGAAUUGAUGGCAAUGCUGCACCAGAGUCGGCAAGAAUGGGUAAAAACAGAAAGCUCUAGAUCAUCAUUCAAACGGCUGGAUAGCGUCAAAAAUUCAAGCAUGAAAAAGCAAAUCAGUUUGAAUCCCAAGUUACCGAAUACUCACUCACAAAAAGCCCACAAAGCCACAAAGACAAAUGCCAUUCCAGCAGAUGAAGAAAACACCAACCAAGUAUCUGAAGGAACUCCUUUUGUGGAUUUCAAGCGUCGCAGUGAAUUGCAGAAACCUCAUGUUGACGUUAAAACUGGAGGGACUAAUGUGAGUGCUGAGAGUGAUGGCUCACUGGGUGGACGCCAUAAGAAGAGAAAGUUGAUUAGGCCGAACUUCAACAAGAAUGACUCAUCUGAUGACAAGGAGCUUGAUGAAGAUACUAUACAAAAUAUGCAGGCACCUGGUCACGAAAGUAAUGUAUAUACUGAUAAAACUAGAGGUUGUGAUGCUCUAAGGAGAAGCUUGGAUUGCAAAUCCUGGUUACCUCAAAAAGUUGAAGUGUCAUCUCAUUUGUGUCAAGCGGGUUAUGAAGACAUGGAUGUCAUUGCUGGAGGGGACUUAUCUAGUCAAGUCAAUAAAAUGCUAGAGAAUUCUGGGGCAACCUUUAGAUUUACUCCUGAACAUGUAGCAAAGUCAUCACAAAAUAUGUCACCUUCAACCUCAUGCAAACAGAGCGGUAAUAAUGGAGGAAAAAUUUUGUCCACGAUGGACUCAAUUUCUCAAGACUUUGAUGAUGCUGACCGUAUGAUCAUGCCUGAGGCAUCCUUGGAAUUACGGGUUGUAAAUGUUGAAAAAGAAUGUUUGCGUGUGGAUCAGGAUGGUAGCAAUAAAGAGGUGUUAGAAAAUGUUGAAGUUAUUUGCAAAUGUGGCUCAAUCAGUGAUGAAGCUACCCCUGGUAAUUUAAGUGACUCAAUUAACGAGAUUUCUAAACUGGAAGAAACUGGUGAUGAGCUUUUAGGUAUCCAAGUAACGGAAGAGAGUGGACAAAAUAAACAGCAAGUUUUUCAAAAUAGUGGUGAGGCUUCCCCUGGUCUAGAUUGUGAUAAUGCCAGACAUAUGAUUGUGCCGGAGUCAUCCUUGGAAUCAUGGGCUGUCAAAGCUAAAAAUGGAUGUUUGUAUUUCAGUCAGGAUUUGAGUGAUAAAGAGGAUGUUGAUGCCUCUUGUAAAUGUGGCCUCAUCCAUGAUGAGGAAUCCUCUGGUAAUUUGAGCAACUCGAUUAAUCGGGUUUCUGGACUGGAAAAUGCUGUCGAAGACAUUUUAGGUUUACCUGUAAAUGAAGAUGGUAGACGAAAUAAACAGCUAGUUUUUCAAGACUGUGAUGAGGCUGUCCAUGGUAACAUAAGCAGUUCAAUAAAUCAGAAUUCUGGAACUGGAACUGGAACUGGAACAUCAGGUGAGAAGUUCUUAGAAAUUAAUGUAAAUGAAGCUGGUGGAGGAAAUAAACAGAGAGGUCCUGAAAACAGUUGUGACAGAACUAUGGGUAAAUUACGUAGGCCAGUGUUUGAUAUCAUCCCAUGAGCUUUCAGGUGCUGGUCUAAAUGAUGAUGGUAUGGCAAAGGAAAACCAGGAAGCAUAUGAAGCUUCUUAAAAUUGCUGACUAUGGUUACUUUUUGUUGGGGGGACUGGCUGAAAGGUCAAGUUUCAAAAAUUUUCUUGGAUUUAACCCUGAUCCGGAAAUUAAUUUUUGUGUUUUGUGUUCUGGUAAAUGAAAUGGACUCUUCUGGUGGUUUGGGUUUGUAUCUAAACCUUCAAAUAUAUAUUCUGGGUCUGGAUUUUGUUUUUGGUAUUAUACUGCGAAGCAAUAGAUCGGCCGCUCUAUUUUGUUGUCCAUGUGCAGUGUUGGUGAUGGCAAGACAGGUAUUGAACUAGUGAUGAAGGUCAAAGAGCACUAGAACUUGAACUUUUACAUUUUGUUUGAUGGAGCAACUUUAAGAAGUUUGGUUAAACGGGGUUUGUGCAGAAGACAUCGACUUUACUUUAACGGGGGGCUUGUUUGAAGGUCGGAAGUAGAUUGCAGAAGAAACUGUGAUGUCACCUAGACUUGUUUCCUGGAACUUUCUAGUGGUGAUUCCCCUUUUUGUUUAUGUUGUUUUUCUGACUUGGGCUGUACGUAUCUUUUUGCUUGGGGUUGUGAAACUGGGUUGGCAGUUCUUUGAUUUAGCUGUUGUACCAGAUUAUCCUCCAUAGAACAAUGUUAUUUUGUUGACACCAAGAAAAAUUAAAUUAUAUUAAUUUUAGUCAUGAUAGUUAAAAGUGUCUUUCAGCUGGUCA